AUGCUGGCACCAGGCCCGGGCUCUGCGAUGGAUCUCAGGCUGCGCGGCCCCAAAGGCCAGUCGACACUGCGAGGCGUAGAUGCGUCCGUGCAGCUCCGCGGCUUCCUCGACGAGCGCCCCCGGCCAGGCGUCUCCGCGGCCUGCCUGCAGCUGCUGGCGGGCUUCCCGCCUCGGCCCCUGGAGCUGCCCGGGGACCUCGCCGCGCCGCUCUCGUCCCUCGGGCUGCGCAGCGGCGACACGCUCAUAGCCCGGGAGGUGGAGCCAGCAGGUGCCACCGGCGUCCUGGUGCGGCGAGUGGUGGACUCGAACAAUUCGUGCCUCUUUGAAGCCACUGGGUACGUUAUACACAGAAGCCGGGGCCACGCGAAGGACUCGACUGCGCGGCCUCGCCGCGGAGCUGAUCGCGGCCGAUGGCGAGCGCUACUCCGAGGACGCCUUCCUCGGGAAGCCGAACGGGGAGUACGUGGAGUGGCUGCAGAAGGCUGA